GUCGAGGAUGAUUUAUGCAUAAGUCUAUGUGUUUAGAUGUGGAUGCUGAAUUCAAGUGAAUGGUGGUCGAGUCCAGGUCCAUGUUGUUGCAUCUGUAACCCGUUUUUUAUGAUAUGGAUUUAAAAAUUAAGACCUUCGUGUCAAUUACUGUGAUAUUUCUGUGAUGUAUGCGUGGGAUAUCAAGCGAUUUGUGUGGUACGUUUGUAAAUAACGUCACCAUCCUAGCCGGUAUAGCUAGCCCAAUGGAACAUUACUAAUGUAUAGGGAGAAAGCGAAUCCUACAGGAUUUAUUGAGCUGGAGUAGCGUAUCUGAGUUGGGUCUGACGAAGUUAAUGAAGCAGGGAAAAUGGACCAAAAACUGUAGUGAAAAUGUUGGCUUAUUAAACAUGACUUCGGUAAUGCGAAGGCAAUCUUCUACGUCAAACGAAAACGACGUGAGGAUGCGCAAUAGCAGGGCCAGUGCGCAUGCUCAAUCCGCUGAUUCGCCACCAUCGUCGCCAGCGCCCGCCGGAGACCGAGGGAGCAGAGCAUGCUGUUUUUGUUGGUGCUGUUGUUGUACUUGUUCAUGGCUUUAUAAUUACAGUUUAGCUGUUAAGGGCUCCAACGGAUCUCAGUCUGGCGCUGGUGACAAGAAGUUAACGGGAGUCGUUGUACAGGAGGAGCCACCAUCCGUAGAAGAAAUAGCAGCUUGGUCAGAAUCGUUUGACCGUCUAAUGCGGAGUAACAGUGGACGAACAUUUUUUAGAGAAUUUUUACGAUCAGAAUACAGCGAGGAAAAUAUGUUAUUCUGGUUAGCUUGUGAGGAACUGAAGAAGGAGGAUAAUCCAGAGGUAGUGGAGGAGAAAGCAAGAUUAAUUAAUGAAGAUUAUAUAUCAAUUCUCUCUCCUAAGGAGGUAAGCCUAGAUUCCAGAGUUCGGGAAGUGAUCAACCGGAACAUGGUGGACCCGACUCCCCACACCUUUGAUGAGGCACAGUUACAAAUCUAUACAUUAAUGCAUCGAGACUCCUAUCCACGAUUUCUAAAUUCUCAACUAUAUAAACGACUUUUACAACAAACAUCUUGAACCUAAGCUUUUUCUAAUUGUUCAAUAUGUAGGAAUAAUAUAUUGGUUUAUGUACAUGCCCUGGCCUUAUAUUAAUGGUAGGGCGUGUGCUCCAGAGACGGAUUUGAUGACGCAUUGUGUGAUAUUUGAGGUUGAUCACGUAACCUACAGCUGUUCUACAGCAUUCAAUAUUAGCAGCGUGAUAAACUAACGUACCGCCUCGGAUAUCAUCAUCCUAAGAUUGGUUCGUCGCUGCUGAAUAGACAUCGUCACUACUGGUAAAGUUGGCCCUAUUGUUUCGUUACCAAGAAAUCCGGACACGAUCGCAUGCCAGCGGCGAGAUUAAAUGUAGACAUGUGUAACAAUGUUUCUUCAAACGGAAAUAAGAAAGGCAGAUGACGGGAAGAUCUUUAAGAACCUAGUUUUUAUUUAAAUGAGAGUGAGAGACUAAAUGUUAUUGUAUGUUUUAAAUCUUUGAAUGUGAUUUUAUUAGCUCAAGUGUGAUAUCUGCAGAGAACCUUUAGUUUAGAUACUCAAUCAUUAUGCAGAUAUUCACUUUAAUAGACCAUCAUAUGUUUUUGUAUUCUGUAUCUUCUGGAAUCAUGCUUGUUAACGUCAGUUAUCGGGGACCAAUGUCACACAGCGCAAGAAUCGACUAGAACACAUGGAUCCUUAUGAUAAAAUGAUAAAAUUAGCAUUUAUCAAUGGAUAGACUGAUUCGCUCCGUGCAUAACUCUAUGAAUUUAUCUCGAUACUGUUUCGCGACAUACAAGACUAUUUAAUUAACCUUUAGUUCGGUACUGCUUCGCGACAUGCAAGACUCUGCCAAGUAAUAUUAAGAUCGGUACUGUUAUCGCGCCGGACAGGACCCUGUCAGUCAAUGGUUAGCUCGGAACUGUUUCGCCACAUGCUGAACUUUGUCAAUUAACCUUUAGUUUGGUGUACUGUUUCGCGGCAUGAAGGACUCUUGACAAGUAAUGUUUAGCUCGGUGCUGUUAUCGCGCCAACACAACCUUGUCAAGUAACGUUUAGCACAGUACUGUAACGCGGCAUGCACGACUGUCAAUUAACGUUUAGUUCAGUACUGUUACGCGGCAUGCACGACUGUCAAUUAACGUUUAGUUCAGUACUGUUACGCGGCAUGGACGACUCUGUCAAUCAACGUUAAGUUCAGGACUGUUACGCGGCAUGCACGACUCUGUCAAUCAACUUUAAGUUCAGGACUGUUACGCGGCAUGCACGACUCUGUCAAUCAACGUUAAGUUCAGGACUGUUACGCGGCAUGCACGACUCUGUCAAUCAACGUUAGGUUCAGGACUGUUACGCGGCAUGCACGACUCUGUCAAUCAACGUUAAGUUCAGGACUGUUACGCGGCAUGCACGACUCUGUCAAUUAACGUUUAGUUCAGUACUGUUACGCGGCAUGGACGACUCUGUCAAUCAACGUUAGGUUCAGGACUGCCUGUCGGCAUGAAGGAGGAUCAAAGAACUUUUCGCGUUACACUAGUUCUGGUUAAGAUAUUUAUGCUGUCGAUAUUUCAAAGAAUCCAAAGUAUCAUCAUGUUCUUAAUGUGAAUUGUUUGUGUCAAAUUAAGGUAGAUAAUUACUAGUGCCGUAAGUUAUAAUGAUCAAUUCGCAAAAAGAGAAAUAUUUAUUUACCUUGUUCAGUGACAUGUAUAACUUCCAAACCAAUAAGUGUAGUAAUGUUUCUUACGAGACUCGUUGUGUAUUUGUUUUUCUUUUGUGUCAUUUAUUUAAUUACUAUUGGUAAAACUAACCAUGCUUCACAAUUUUGGGUCCAGAACAACAAUUGCAUAUCUACAUGUGGCUAAACCUGGCCUGCUUUUUGUACGACACAUACGGAACGAUGACAUAAUGUUGAGUUUUAAAGAGACCAAGUGAAUGCUGUUAUUUACUGAUGAUGCUUGACGUAAGGUGUGUUGAUAGCAAUAACCGUUAUGAUUUUGUUGCCCCUGUGCUGUUUAUACACAUCCGACAGGUCGGUCUGUUAGUGAAACUUUUGUGUAUUUUUUUCACACUAGGAAAUCUUUGCCAGUACACCUACGAAUUGUUAAUUAGAAAUAGGUCAUUUUAAGUACACAAGGUAUUGUUUUAAACGAUAAUGUUUUAUUUUAAAUUUUUCACUAGUAAAUUUUGGCGUAAGAAAAAUCGAAUUGAAAUUGUGUUUUUGUUAUGUAUCACUAGUAACAACGUUGAUACUAGAUACAGGGGAGAUAAUUCUCAUUUCAUGAAAACCACCAAGGCAUUUUUUAUUCACUCUGUGAAACAUGUCAAACUAGAAAGGUUACGACAUUUUAAUAUUUAAUAUUUAUGGCCAAUGUGACAAUAUAAUGUUUAAUCCUGAUCAUGGUUACAAUAUAAUGUCUAAUUCUGAUCAUGGUGAUAAUAUAAUGUCUUAUUCUGGUUAAGGUGACAAUAUAAUGUCUAAUCAUGGUCAUGAUGGCAAUAUAAUGUCUAAUCCUGAUCAUGGUAACAAUAUAAUGUCUAAUUCUGGUCAAUGUGUCAAUAUAUUGUUAAAUCCUGGUCAGGGAGGCAACAUAAUGUUUAAUCCUGGUCAAUGUGUCAAUAUAAUGUCUAAUCUUGGUCAUGGUGGCAAUAUCAUGUCUAAUCCUGGUCAUGAUGGCAAUAUAAUGUCUAAUCCUGGUCAUGAUGGCAAUAUAGUGUUUAAUCCUGGUCAGUAUGACAAUGCUAUGUCUAAUCCUGAUCAAGAUGGUAAUACAAUGUCUAAUCCUGGUCAUGAUGGCAAUAUAUUGUCUUAUCUUGGUCAUGAUGGCAAUAUAAUGUCUUAUAUUGGUCAUGAUGGCAAUAUAAUGUCUAAUCCUGAUCAAGUAUGGUAAUGUUAUGUCUAAUCCUUGUCAUGAUUGAAGUAUUAUGUUAAAUCCUAGUCAUGGUGGCAAUAUAAUGUUUAAUCCUGGUCAGUUAAUACAUUGUGUUAGUAAUUUUGUUGCAUCAUUCUUUCUCUGUUCGUAAAAUUCAUUUAAGUAAAAUAUAAUUGAUAUGAGGCUUUUUGCGAACAAAAUGAUUCUUCGGAUAACACUUUAUACUACUACCAUCAGUGCGUUUCAAAUCGCUUCUGUCAGUCAAUCUGAUAAAUCUAAUAGCAUGUACCAAGUAAUGUGGACAUGUUUCAGAACAUGUGAAAGAGGACAUGUUCAGAACAAGUAAAAAUCGACACGUUCAAAAUGUUCAAAUAGUUGUCCAUCCCAAAUAUCAAUCUGAUUAGAUAUUCAAAAUGUUUUUCAGCGGUAAUUUUGGAUUUUGUCAGAGGAAAGUUUGUUGCUGUUUUUUACAGAGGAUCGUCUUCAAAUGUAUGGAACAUACUCAGUAUACAUUGUAAGUCAUAGUUGUACAAGCUACUUGUUAACCUUAUCGGACAUAAAAAGUAAAUGAAUAAAUAAAUAAGAAAAGAUAGAUACAUUGUAUAAUAAUUAAAAAACUAUCCAAGUGAUCAGAUUGAUAUAUUAGAGGAAAUGUCAGCAUGCAUCAUGGAUGUUCAUAGCAUAUUGAACAUGAUUGAUAAAUAAGUUUUACAUACCACCUUCUGUUUACACAAUUGAUUCAUGUCAACAUAAAAGAGAACUAAGAGAAGAGAAAUUAUCUAACAUACACCGAUAACGAUUUAGUUGGAUGUAUCAAUCCCUCUGGAAUCUCAAGCUCACAUUGUAUCUUCGUUUUUUUCUGAAGAUAAAUCAACGGCUUACAUUUAAUUCGUAUCUGUUCACGCAUUUAUCGUGUGGGAAGACUUUUUAAGUGUUGGUCCGGGUUCUGUUGUCGUCAAUGUUUACGUCUUACCAAAUCAAGUAACCAACUGAUAGUAAUGUGGAUAAGGUCAAAGGUCUUCCUGCCUUGUGACAUCAACCGAGUAGGCAACCAACGAAUCAAGGAACGUCCCCUACACUGUAUUCAAGUCAGAGUAUAGUAUCUUCAUUUCCUGAAAGACAUCUAACUUGAUAUAUGUGACCAAUAUUUUAUACGUAUGUGAAAUAACUGUUUUUGUUAGGUAAAUGAUAUUAAGUUUUUAUAAGAUACACAAUAGGUUUGUCAUUCAUGUCGCAGUUAUAUCUAUUUUCGUUUUUGUUAAUGAUAUUUUGGUGUUAAUUAGUGACCGUCAGUGGAAUCCAGGUUGAAGGUAAUUCCUAUUGUCGUCUCUUACAGUAUAUUCAGAACGUAUGAAGGAUGUCUUCAGAAGUAAGUGUUUUGCCUCAUUUGUUCACACCCUAUUAUGAUGUUUAUCUAUGUUCUCCAAACAAAGAAUUCUUGUUUUUACAUAUUUAAGAACGGGGAGAAUAGUGAACACACGAGACAUUUAUUUGUGAGAAAACAUCUACAUAUACGCACUUGUGUCAAUAUUAUAAGGAGAUAUACAUAUUAACGUUAAACUCGUGUCAGCUUUACAAAGGUGCCACUACACAAACGUUACAUGUGUCUGUGUUUCACCAAAACAAAUGUUACAUGUGUCUGUGUUUCACCAAACAAACGUAACAUGUGUCUGUGUUUCACCAUACAAACGUGGCGUUUGUAUGUUUUUACCAAACAAACGUUACAUGUAUCUGUGUUUCACCAAUCAAACGUGACAUGUGUCUGUAUUUCACCAAACAAAUGUGAAAUGUGUCUGUGUUUCACCAAACAUUACAUGUGUCUGUGUUUCACCAAUCAAACGUGACAUGUGUCUGUAUUUCACCAAACAAAUGUGAAAUGUGUCUGUGUUUCACCAAACAUUACAUGUGUCAGUGUUUCACCAAGCAAAUGUGACGUGUCUGUGUUCCACCAAACAAACGUGACACAUGUCUGUGUUUCACCAAACAAACGUGACAUGUGUCUGUGUUUCACCAAACAAACGUGACAAGUGUCUGUUUCACCAAACAAACGUGACAUAUGUCUGUGUUUCACCAAACAAACGUGACAUGUGUCUGUGUUUCAACAAACGUGACACGUGUCUGUGUUUCACCAAACAAACGUGAUAUAUGUAUCUGUUUCAACUAAUAAACGUUACAUAUGUCCUAUGUUUCAACCCAUAAAUGUUACACGUAUCUGUUUCACCCCAUAAUCGUUACACGUGUCUCUAUUUCACCACACACACGUUUUAUCUAUCUGUUUCAUCCAAUGAACGUUACUAACGUGUCUAGAUUCAUUAUGAAAGUGCUAUGUAAAGCUUUUUACUUACUAAGAGAACGUUCUAAAGGUGUUUUAACUUGAACCAUUAAGAACUAGUUUGGUGUUUACAUGCUCUAUCACUUUUCUCUUGUGUCCAAAAAUUAAUGCUGGAAGUAGCUCGGUAGAUAUUAGACGAAUUUUUACUAGUACGACAUUGGAGUGAAAAUUACCUGCAUAUCUCUUCCUGCAUGGGUGUGAUGUCUAGAGCUGAUGCCAUUGUAGCUAGCAUCGCAUGUAUGCCCCGGUGGCAAGGAAUUUUUCAUGAAAGUUUAGACGUUUAUUCACGAGUAUACAUGUAUGUGCUGAAGAAGUCUUUAUGAAAAUACUCAAUAUGUUGUUGUGUCCGUAGCUAUGUGCAAUACGUCAUCACAAUAUGUGUUCUGUGUCAUCUAUUGAUAUUCAAGAAUUCGCUUUUACAAAUAUCAGUAAACAUGUUUUGUCCUAUUAUUUAAGUCAAACGCACACAACUCACAUGUCAAUAAUACAAAUAUCUGCUGAAAAUAUUUAUUUUAGCUAUAGAAGUUAUUUAUUAAGUUUACAUAUCCGGUCUUUGAGGAGAGUUCCCCGGAAUUGUAAUUUUUACGGUAAGUUCAAUUUCAUAAAUAAAGAGAAAUGAUAAUAAGUCUUACGUUAAACCGUUGAAUGGAUCGUUUUUACAUCAACAUAAAUACACAUAGUACACGUGUAAAGGUUAAACAGAUUACCAUUACCAUUUAAAGACCACUACAAUGUAUUCCUUACAGACACGUGGUACAUUUUCAUUUUAAGUCCAGAACAAUGUAUUCCCUAUAGUCUCGUCCUGAAUUGUCAUUUAACGUCCUGUACAAUGUAUUCCCUACACACAUUUGAUACACUGUCAUUUAAAGUCCAGUACAAUGUAUUCCUUACAGACACGUGCUACAUUGCCAUUCAAAGUCCAGUACAAUGUAUUCCUUACAGACACGUGCUACUUUGUUAUUUAAAGUCCAGUACAAUGUACUCCCUACAUGAGUGCUACAUUGUCAUUUAAAGUCCAGUACAAUGAAUUCCCUACACACACGUGCUACAUUGACAUUUAAAGUCAAGUACAAUGUACUCCUUACAGACACGUGCUACAUUGUCAUUUAAAGUCCAGUACAAUGUAUUCCCUACAAACACGUGUUGCAUUUUCCUUUGACACGGGCUGCAUUUUCAUUUAAAGCGCAGAACAAUGUAUUCCCUACAAACACGUGCUACAUUGUCAUUUAAAGUCCAGUACAAUGUAUUCCCUACAAACACGUGCUACAUUGUCAUUUAAAGUCCAGUACAAUGUACUCCUUACAGACACGUGCUACAUUGUCAUUUAAAGUCCAGUACAAUGUAUUCCCUACAAACACGUGUUGCAUUUUCCCUAGACACGUGCUACAUUUUCAUUGAAAGCCCAGAACAAUGUAUUCCCUACAAACACGUGCUACAUUGUCAUUUAAAGUCCAGUACAAUGUUUCCCUACAAACACGUGCUGCAUUUCCCCUACAGACACGGGCUGCAUUUUCAUUUAAAGCACAGAACAAUGUAUUCCCUACAAACACGUGCUACAUUGUCAUUUAAAGUCAAAUAUAAUGUAUUUCUUACCGACACUUUGUGCGUUUUCACUCAAUGUAUUCCGUUCCGACGUUUCUACAUGUAUAAUCUAUUGUUGCGGUUAUAAGUUUUCGUUAGUGCUGACUUGACAUCCUCGGCUUGUGUUAGUCUCCUCAGGGUUUGAGACAAAAUAAGCUUUAACAUAAACAUCCCCAAUAUUGUAUUUUUAUAAGCUUGUUUUUAUUUAAGUCUACUUCAGGUUAUUUUCAAACUGGGAUAGCAGAGUGAUAUUUUUAUGUUUUGAUUUAAAAAUCUCAACUUUUGUUUUGGGAUAAAGAAAACAAUGUGCUGGUCCUUUUUUCAUUCAACAAACUGCAUUUCCCCGAAACAGUUGAUAUACGGAUUAUUAAGGUGACUGAGCCUAUUUAUUCAGUCCGAAAGAUCCCUAAACAGCACGUAAUAUUUGAAAGGAUAUGUAAUACUAUAGAGUCAUGUCGGUAAUCGCCGUCACCUUCUUAAUUUUCGAAAUACGCACAAGGCUUCAUUAUAUCCAUUAUUAGGUGUGUAAAUCAGUCGAUUGUCAUUGAAGCUACAUUGUACCUAAUAACUUUUAGAUAAUGUAAGUGAAUCGUCUUGUUGUUGAAAUUUUAUAACUUUAUUUGAUCUAGAUUUUAAUUCAGCAUGGUUAUUAGAUGAGCUGAAUGUAUCGCUCUCGAUUAUGAGAUAUAUAAAACAAAUUCAAUAUUCGAAUAGAUGAUCUAGUUCCUCUUGUUGAACUUAUUAAGCAUAUUUGUGUAACAAAGUACAUCGCUCCAAGUUUACGUUUUGUAACAGUGUAAAGUGAACAUUUGAAUUGGCAUCGAUUGUACAUUGUACUUUGUUUGAAGCACCAAAGGAUAGUGUUUAUUUCUGGUGUAUCAAAUAUCACUUGUCAAUGUAAGUGAUCAUGCUAUUUAUAUAUCAUGAAGUACAGUUACGAAAAAUGUAAUCAAAGUGAAAUUUAAGCAUUUCUCUAUUAAUAUUAGUUAUUUUUUCUAAUUGUUUAUUGUUAGGAUUUUUUCUCUAAUGGUUUAUUGUAAGAAUUUUUUCUCUAAUUUUUUCAUUCUUAGGGUUUUUCAGUUAACCUUGUUGGGGGAAAUGCAUUUUGAUGAAAACUUUGAGAAAAAUUGCUAAUAUCAAACUUCGCACCUUGAGGGAUUGGUUGAAUCGAAUUUUAGCUCGCUUUAUUAUUGUAAUAUAUUGUUGGUAGAAUUAAACGUAUGGUAUUCCUUUAUGUGACUUUUACUGCUAUCUUUUUAAUGUAAUUUCUAUCAUUUGCCAUGCAUUGCCUAAUGCCAUUCAAAUAUGUACAUGAUAUAGCUUCGCCGUACGAUGACAUAUUGGCAGAUUGUAUUAAUGGCAAGUUUAUCAGAUAUAAUGGCAUAUGACUUUGUCUUAAAAUAUAUUUUAGAUGAGAAUACAAUAUCCAUUGUUAGAAACUGAUUUUUUUGUUUUCUAAAUUGAUUUCGCUAAUCUAUGUUAAGUGUAGGCUAUAUUUGUCUUUCAUAGUAAUGAUAUAUAAUAAGACAGAUAUUUUGAACGAGGUGUAUUGUUGAUACUUUUAAUAUUGUUCCAACUUAUUUUUUUCGAUACCACUUGAAAUGUUAUGUGUUUAGAUAGAACGAGUAUGUGGGUGAUUUUAAAUGGUUUUGGUACAGAAAUCAUUUAAGUACUUUUAAUGCCAUUUCGGCACUCCCCGGCCUAUAUAAAAUUUUGGGAGGAUUGAGCUCCAGAUUUGACAGAAAGUAUGUAUUAGCAUCUUAACAUUCACGCGUCGAUUGGGCCUUGUGGACUUUGAGCGAGGGGGAAGUAUUCAUAAAACGGUUCAUAGAUUAUCUUAUCCAUCUUGAUUUCAAAGAACAUGUAUUCAAUUUAAGAUGUAAAUAUAAUCAACUGAAAUAUCUCAACAGAUUGAUUUAAUUUUUAUAAAUUGACAUCUUGUUCUAUUUAUCGACCAAGGAUGUCCGUCAGACGUCGUUGGUAUAACGCGGUAUUCAUGUUUUCCCGGGAGGUUACAGAGAGUAUCUGGCCGGGGGGUUCCGGGUAUUUGACCUUAUUUAUAUCGACUUUCCAUGUGAUACAUGUCUACGUAGUGUAUAUCUCCAUCUUCUCAAAUUUCCCAUGAAUAUGUGUGUAAGCUUGACUUGUAGUUUUGUGGAAAUUACCCAAUUCAGAACAUUCUUUUAUAAUAUGUCUGUUUGAUAACUUUGAGAAGUAAGUACCUUGGCACGAUUCAGGAGAUGUUCAUGGCAUUAAAUAUCUAUUAUAUUGUU